CAAGAAGUAGUUGGUCUCUUCAGUAUCACCUUUGAUGACCAACUGAACAACUCGUUCAGGCAAAAUAGCUUAUAGAGUUGUUACUUGCAGGUACAUUCAACUGACGAGACACAAAUAGGACGAAAUGGGAGUCCUGGAUUCCACUGCUAGCCAGUAUUCAUCAUUAAAAACACUUAUAACCUACAUCAAUCAUAUCUCUCUUAGUUUUUUCAUCUCUUACUUUGUUUCACAUAAGCGCUAUCGAAAUAAACUAGCAAAUAAAAAACACUGAAAAUCAUGAGUAGUUCCUUCUCUCUCUCUCUCUUUUUUUUGAGAGAGAGAGAGAAUACACACAGACAAAUACAUGCAUACAUAGUGAAGUAAAUAAACACUUUAAGAAUCGAAUUGAAGGUAUUGUGUUAAAUGAUAUAGCAAACACUUGAAAUAUUGCAUUCUAUGUGCAAAUCAAUCUGUUGUGUAGUUACCCCGCCUGUAGUAUCUCAUCUUAUCCGUAUAUUUACCAGUCUAAUUGUCCUGUUGUCUAUAUAAAUACGUAUUAUUAGCCUUGUGUGCACAGGUAUAUCUGCAUGUAUCGGUUUAAAUGUUAACAAAAAUAAUGAAUGGAAUUGUCAAUGGACGGUCAAUUAAAAUAUGUAAUAUCACCUGUUUAAGUUAAUCUGUGACAUUAUUUUAUUCUCUCAUUCAUUAGCACAGUUUACAUGUGAACGAAACCAUGACAACGUGAAAAGCAGAAGUAAUAAGCCAAAAUUAUUAUUUUUGCUGUGUUAAAUGUGUCCAAUAUUUUUAUCAUUACUACUGAGAUUUCAAUUGAUUGGAUUUAUGAGCCUACAAAGUCGAACUAUGAGUUGUGCACAGAUUACAGUACAAGAAUAUAUUUUAACAAAACCCUAUUCAUCAAUGUAUAAGAUUUCUACAAUGGACUCUUCAUGUUCACAAACUAUUCCCAAUCAACUUAAUGUUCAUAGUGUAUUGGAAGAGGUGACCGGAGAACAGCCAUCAGGAAGACUAACGCCGAUACUGCCAGAAAUGGAUGUUGAAAUAAACUCACCAAAUAAAGAUUACAACAUUGACCAGUCUCAGUGUAAUUGUAUACAAUCACCAUGUGAAUGUCAGCUGAGUAAACUAGAACUACCGUCAACUGAUGACAUAUCUCAGACGGAUUCUCAGCUUUCGGCCACAAGUCAUCAUGAAACUGAUGUAGGCGAUAAUUUUGUACCAAUCUCUUUAGCUGAUUAUUUGGAGAAAUUGACUAAACAAUUGGAUAAUCGUGAAAAAACACCUCAAAAAUUAUUACCACGUGAAUGUAUCAAUCAUUUUCAAGCACCAAAAAUGCAGUAUACACCAGAGAAUAAAUCUCAUUUAUCAACAUCAUCUUUAUCUUCUUCAUCAAUACAACAAUUUGAUUUCAACACCAAUGAAUCAAUCAUUGGACAUAUGAAAGAUAAUCAUGAUUUAAGGAGUAAAUCAUCGUCCUACUCUGUGGAUUAUUAUAAUUAUCUGAAAAAGAGACGUGUAUUUCUAAUCGACAGACUAUCAAGUCGAUAUAGUGAAUUAAUGAAACUACUAAAUGAAGAAUUAGAGUUGACUGGACGUCCACCGACAAACUAUUUACAGCAUACACAUGCGUAUUAUGAAGCCCAAGAAGCAUCGAAACGGAUACAUGCAAAUGAAUUACAAAACAGUAACACUGGUAGCAAUGUGAGUAAAACUGAUGAUUCAAAUCAGCAAAAAACCAACAAAGGUCAGCUGUCUAAGCAAAUUAAUGCUGCUUAUGUUCGUAGCAGUCGACUUCAGGAAACUGGAUUCAUGUUAUCACCAAGAGUAAUACGAAAAGCUACAAUAAAGCUUUCACCAUCAGUUAACUGUCUUCUUAAAAGCAGUCAUUCCUCACUAUUCACAGAUGAUUCAGUCAAUCAAAAUCGUGAACAAACCAUCAACAGGUGGGGUGAUGAAUCACAUCAGACUUCAAAGGUUUCAAGAAAUCCUAAUUCUUCAUUAAAAGAUAACGAAAAUGAAAUCCUAAAGUCGACAAGUUCAGUUAGAAAAGUGCCGAAUGAAAAUGGGAUUUUACAAAAACUAAACAAAUCUCUACCCUUAUCAUUUAGAUCAAGAUUUAAAACUAAUUUAAUACAAUUCAAUAAUGAAUUAUGUACAUCUGCUUCUAGUCCAUCACUGUGUGAUACAGGGAUGUUUAUACGUCAGACAGAAAAGGCAGGAACACCACAGCCGCCUACAACUACAACAGUACUAACGAGUAUGUCAACAGCGACGUUAUCAUCUUUACUUUCAACAGGUUUAACAAACACCAAUCAACUGUUAACAAAUAAUUCAGAUAACCUUACAACAACUUCUGCUACUCACAUAACCAAUCAUAUGGCUUUCCAAAACUAUACACAAGACAUUUUCAAUCCUUACAAUUGUACAGAUAUACAAAAAGCUAUUUCAUGGCUUGAAGUUGAAUUGAAUGCAGUGAAAAAUAUUAUGUUAGCUAACAUAAAUUGUGCAAAUGAGAAUAAACGAAAUAGAGCAUCUCGAAAAGCCUAUAAAUUAGCAGCUAAACGUAACCAAGAAACUAUAACUAGUCUUGAAAAUCAAAUCUGUAGCCUACAAAUUUAUGCUGAAAAGCAAAAUAAAUUAUCUAAUGACGCCAAAUGUGAAAGUAUAUCAGUAUAUAAUUCUGAUCAUUCAAUGGGUCGAUCGGCGCUCACAGUAUCAACAUCAUCCUUAUCUUCUCCUUCUUUUUCUUACUCCUCAUCUUCCUCUCUGCUGAAUAGUCUUGUGAUGGUGAAUGAACAUGCAUCAAGUGGUCAGUCACCGUUUGGAGUUCCACCAAAGACUAAUAUACGAAAAAUAUACAGUGGAAGAUUUCCGUAUUCACCUUCUAACAAUAUUUCGAUCAAAAACGUGACGACCACCACCGCCACAGCAGCAAUCACUCCUACCACUAUAAAUGCAUCAAUAACCCGAAAAAAAUUUUUAACUUCUAGUUUUAAUACGGAAAAACCUUCACAAUUUAAUACAUUGCAUAACAGUACUGCGAAGAAUUCACCUGUUGCAAUAUCCCAUAGUCAACUGAAUACUAUUGGUAAAAUGAGUGAGAAUAAAGAAAAGUUGACAAAAUCCUCACAUACACCUUUGGAUCUAAUUAAACGCAGAGAAAACAAUAUUUCACAAAACACUGGAGUCCCAGUUGAGCAAAUAAAUAUCCAAUCAUGUGAAACAGAUUUACCAGUCAAGAAUAAUGACACUAAAAGUGAUAAUGAUGAUGAAUCAGAAAUAUAUUAUGAACAUGAAAGAAACAGCGUGUCUUCACAUGCAACUAAGCCAUCCUCAUCAACGCCAUCAUCGAUAGUCAAUGCAGAGACUGACCAGUCACUUGAUAAAACUAUAUCUGAAGAAAGGAAGUGUUUUUGUGAUAUUGGCAUACAGACAACCAGUAAUGAAAAUCAUCAAAAUGGUAUCUUCAAGGAUAAUUUAAAUUUAGCCAGAAGGUUAACUGAUCACAAUGCAUUAAAUGGAAAUUAUGAAAAUGAUGUACACCGGUGGAGUAUUAUAUCGGCUGAAAUGAAAUCUCAUCAGCAUCAGCAGAGACAGCAACAGCAACAACAACAACAGUGUUUACUUGACACACCAAUAAAGUUAAGAAAUAAUCAUCAGGAACCAUUUCUAACCAAUCUGUACAUGAAUGGAAAUAAUCAUCAGGAGCUAAAUGAGCAAAAAAGUAAUUUGUUGCUACAUCGAUCAAAACCACCACAGCAUCCCUGUUUGUCAUCUUCAUCAUCAUGGUCAUCAGCUAAUUCUCUAUGUUCCAUCGGUCUCAUCGGUCAGUGUUAUUCUACAGAGAAUACUGAUGGCUGUUUAUCAACUGUUAAUAAGGGCUUACAUAACUCUGUUAGUACACACAAUGUUUGGAUUUCACCACACAGAACAGUAGUCAAUGUUGAUUUAGAUGAUUCUAAUCAUAGCAGUGGUCAUAAAACUCAAUCUCAAGGCAACAAACAAUCAAUAAUCAACCAAUCAAACUAUGAUCUACGAAUUAAUCAACAAAACUGGACUAACUAUUCCAUGAAUAAAACAAUUCCUUACAAUAGACCUUGUGAACAAACACAAUUUCAGUCACCAAUGUUUGUAAGUGAAACACUUAAACCUAAAUAUUAUUACUGUUCUUCACAAAGUUUAUCGAGUAAAUCAACUCCAAAAGUUAAUGACUAUCCAACUUUACUUUAUCCAGGAUUAACAAGAAACAAGAAAGAGGCAUGUAUGCAUUCACCUACAGUAACAUUAUGUUCAACUUCAAGAAGGGAUUCAUCAAAUGAUAUGUAUUUAGAUAAUCAUUUACCCAGAAAUGUUGAACAAGCCCAACUGAAAACUACUUUAAGUCAUUGUUACUUUGAUGCUGAAAGAACACACUUAAGUGAACCGUUGUGGUAUGAAUCGUGUGAACUGCAAACGACGUCUAUCAAAUCCACGUUUCAAUAAAGUUAACUUCAGAACUACAUCAUGUAUAGAUAUAUAUACACAUUCUUAUGUUUUCAAGGACUUAUAAGGAUUUAGGAGACUAAAACUAUGAAAAAAAGAGUUAAUCAUCGUAUGCAGAAUUAUUACCUCCUUUUCAUAUGAUGGAUACAUUUAGUGUAUAACGGGUAAUUUACUCAUUUGUAAGCCUACAAAUUAGUAUAUUUGUAUACAUGAACACUUUUGUGUUCCAAUCUAAUAUACUAAAAAGAUUUCUGUUCCUGCUAUAAACUUUGAAGAUUUUAAUUUCCUUCUUUUUGUACGAAGUGGACAAGAUUUAUACAGAUUUAUACAUUUCACCCUACUACAUACUGCUUUCAAAGUACAGAAUCGAUUCUCCCACCCAAUUAUGAAUUACCUUUUUUGAUUCAUGAAAACAAGAAAAUACUUCAUUUCUCAAAUUUUCAUUUACUUAUUUCAAUGAGUAUAUAAUUUAUCUAUACCAUCUGUGUACAAAAUUUUAUUGUCUUGAAUUUAAUGAAUAAUAUAUAUUUUUUAAAAUUACAGUGAAAAUAUUUUUCACAUUAUCCGUAGUCGACUGAUGUCAGCCCGUGAUGAAUACUACCUUAAAAAUAAAAUACUCAUCAGCCUCAAGGC